AUGGGCCGUCGUGCUGACGUGCCUUGGGAGGAUGCCAAUGAGAGACCACCGGCUGCGGACUGUAGGAAGAUCAUUCCUCAUAGUAGAAACUUCCUAGCUUUAGGCUACAGACCACCACCUUUCACUGCUACUGAUGAGACAGCCCCACCGUCCGCCGGACCCUCUUCCUCCACAGCUGCCCCUGCUGCCCCCACUGCACCUCCACCUGCCUCAGAGCCAGUGUACCGCCUCGGCAGUGACAUCCCCUCCGAGCCUGACUCACCAUCAGAGCCAUUAGAGGAGGAGGUAGAUGAGCACGAGAAGGAGACUCAUUCCCAAGAGGAGACCCAUCCGCAGGUAGGCACAGAGCAGGAUGCUCCCCAGGUAGAGGUUCCACAUCAGAUUGAGGCUGCAGAUCCUGAGAUCCCGAUCCAGUCAGCACCUCCUCUACAGCAGCCAGAUCCUCAGCCCACCACCACCGAGACUCCAGCUACCAUUCCUACUAGUGAUGACACCCCUUCACACCCAGCUUGA